AUCCCAUCCUGUCAUGUGAAUGUGACAGUCUUUUAUUGUCAGAAUUUCAUUGUUUGUUCCACCUCUUCUGCUUAGUGUUUCAUGUUAUGAAGAUCACGAAUCUUAACAGCCAAAGUCAUGUCUAAGCCUGCACAGGAUCCAGUGUAUAAAGUGCCAGCUAACAAAAAACGGCCAUCUGCCAGUGGUCUGGAGUUCAUUGGUCCUCUUGUGAGCUCUGUAGAGGAGACCCCAGACCCCAUCUGUACAGUUAUUAAGGGUCAAAUUCCCUUCUGGAUCACUGGCAGCUUCCUCAGGAAUGGACCUGGCAAAUUUGAGUUUGGUGAAAGCAAAUUCACCCACUGGUUUGAUGGCAUGGCCUUGAUGCAUCGUUUCCACAUUAAAGAUGGUCAGGUGACCUACAGCAGCCGCUUUUUGCGCAGUGACUCUUAUGUACAGAACGCAGAGAACAACCGAAUUGUGGUGUCUGAAUUUGGCACCCUAGCAACACCUGACCCAUGCAAGAACUUCUUCGCACGGUUCUUUUCACGUUUCCAGAUUCCAAAGGCAACUGAUAAUGCAGGAGUGAGCUUUGUUAAGUACAAAGGAGACUUUUACGUAAGCACAGAGACCAACUUUAUGCGCAGAAUUGACCCUGUGAGCCUGGAAACCAAAGAGAAGGUGGAUUGGUCAAAAUAUAUUGCAAUUAAUGCAGCAACAGCUCAUCCACAUUAUGACAGUGAUGGAGCGACUUACAACUUGGGAAACUCAUAUGACCGUAAAGGCUUCUUCUAUCAUAUCCUCCGAGUACCACCCGGUGAAGGAACGAACGAUGUUGCUGAUCUGUCUGGUGCUGAGAUUCUUUGCUCUAUUCCUGCUUCUAACCCCAGAAAACCAUCAUACUACCACAGUUUUGUCAUGUCGGAGAAUUACAUAGUCUUCAUUGAGCAGCCGAUCCAGCUAGACCUGCUGAAAUUCAUGCUGUACAGAGUUGCUGGAAAGAGCUUUAAUAAAGUCAUGUCCUGGAACCCAGAUCUAGACACCAUCUUCCAUGUGGCAGACAGACGCACUGGCCAGCUCAUCAAGACAAAAUACUACAGCAGUGCCAUGUUCACCCUGCACCAGAUUAAUGCAUAUGAGGAUAAUGGAUAUUUGAUUAUGGACAUGUGCUGUGGAGAUGAUGGCAGUGUGAUUGGUGACUUCACGAUGGAGAACCUUCGUCAGGCAUCUGGGGAAGAACUUGACAAGUUCUUCAAUUCAUUGUGUACAAACUUACCACGACGAUAUGUACUGCCUCUGGACGUUAUGGAAGACGAGCCCAAUGACCGCAACCUCAUCAAAUUGCCGUACACCACUGCCUCUGCUGUGAAGACUGUAACUGGUGUGUUCCUCACCCAUGAAGAUCUCUACAACGAUGACUUGUUGCAGUACGGUGGUCUUGAGUUUCCACAGAUAAACUACACGUACUACAAUGCUCGACCUUAUCGCUAUUUCUAUGCCUGUGGCUUUGGACACCUGUUUGGUGACUCUUUGCUUAAGAUGGAUCUAGAAGGAAAGAAGCUAAAGGUGUGGCGCCAUGUUGGUUUGUUCCCAUCAGAACCAGUGUUCGUUCCAGCACCUGAUGCUAAGGAUGAGGACGAUGGUGUGGUCAUGUCUGUGGUCAUUACACCAAGAGAGAAAAAGAGCAGUUUCCUCCUUGUCCUUGAUGCCAAGAGCUUCACAGAGCUUGGGCGAGCAGAGGUUCCAGUGGACAUCCCAUAUGGCACUCAUGGACUCUUCAAUGAGAUGAGCUGAAAUAGAAAAUCACCAGCUCAAAUCAACUCAUAAGAGUGAAGCCAUUCAACAAAAUAUUUUGCAUCUUUUUUGAAAGAGUAAUUUCAUCCUUUCUUGACCACCACCACCCCCAUUCAUCUCAUCUACACACCUAGGCAAAAUACAUUUAUGAAAUGUAUGAGCAGCAUUAUGAGUCAACUAUGUAAUCUUUAUAUAUAUUGUACAAGAUUAAAAGGCUUGUAUUAUAUUUUUAUUUUCUGUUUAAUGAAUCUAGAUCAUGUUAUGGUAAAAACUUAUUUUUACUUGUAUUUUGUAGGCCUACAUGUUUUUUGUAACUGACAUUAAAGGUCCCGUUCUUCGUGA